UCUGCCACCGUAUUUCCGCGUUCAUGCCGUUAUCAAUGACUCUUUAUGGAGGUACACCAGCAGCGGCGUCGCUGCUGUUGUUGUUGUUAUUAUCAUCGCCCUGCACGGUGGCGGCUGACUGUUGUCUGCUCUGAAUCAAUGAGACCUUAACUACCAGAGGAGCUUCCUCCAUCUCCUCCUCAUCCUCAUCCCCCCAGCAACCACCGCUUCCUUUCGAGCCCUGUCGUCGAGCAGCAGCGCGGACGAGCUGGGGGGGAAUCCGGGGAAAGGGAGCCGCGGCGCCGCGCACCGGCCGACGGACACAGCGGCGCGGCGCGGCGGCGGCAACAACAACAUGCUCACCCGGGUCAAGACGGCCGUGGCCGGGUUCAUGGGUGGGAUUAUGACCGGGGGGAGCUCCGGUGGGGGCGGGAAUUCGUCUUCGGAUUUGCCGCUGAGAUUUCCCUACAUGAGACCUGAGUUCCUGGGACUGUCCGCGGAUGAAAUCGAGUGCUCCGCGGACCACAUAGCCCGGCCCAUCCUCAUCCUGAAGGAAACCAGGAGAUUACCGUGGGCCACCGGAUACGCUGAGGUGAUCAAUGCUGGUAAGAGCGCGUUGAACGAGGACCAGGCCUGCUGCGAGGUGGUCGUGGCCAGAAGGAGACCGAUGAGCUACUGUCCCCCGUCCACGCCCAGCAAGACCCCGACGGCCAAGAGACGCAACUCGCUCCCCAACGGCGAGGCCCUGGGCCUCCGCGUGGAACACAUGAUGGGCGAGGAGAGCGAAGGGCUCGUGUUCCACUACUGGGCUUUGUUCGACGGUCACGCCGGCUCAGGCGCGGCGGUCGUCGCCUCCCGCCUGCUGCAGCACCACAUCGCCUGCCAGCUUCAAGCCGUCAUAGAGAUCCUGCGCAACCUCCACUCGCCGCCCCCCACCGUGCUGGGCGAGGAGCCCGACAGCAGCCCCUACCUGCAGGGGAACCCCCCGGGGCCGCACCGCGCCCUGACGCGGGCUGCCUCGCUGCGGGGGGCCGCCGGCGCCCCGAGCUCGCCGAGCAGCACUCCGCCUCCGCCGCGCUUCUACAUGGAGAAGAAGGUCCAACACGAGAGCCUGGUGAUCGGAGCAAUAGAGAACGCCUUCAAGGAGAUGGACGCCCAGCUCGAGAGGGAGAAGCAAGUGUACAGCAUCAGCGGCGGAUGCACGGCGCUCACCGUGGUUUACCUGCUGGGGAAGUUGUACGUCGGGAACGCAGGCGACAGCAGGGCCAUCAUCAUUAGAGGCAACGAGAUCGUCUCCAUGUCGACGGAGUUCACGCCAGAGUCAGAACGCCAGCGACUGCAGUUCCUGGGCUACAUGCAGCCGCAGCUGUUGGGGAACGAGUUCACGCAUUUGGAGUUCCCCCGCAGGGUUCAGAGGAAGGAGGUGGGCAAGCGGAUGCUCUACAGGGACUUCACCAUGAACGGAUGGGCCUACAAGACUGUUGAGGAUGAAGAUCUCAAGUUUCCUCUUAUUUACGGCGAAGGCAAAAAGGCGCGGGUCCUGGCAACCAUCGGAGUGACCCGGGGGCUCGGUGACCACGACCUCAAAGUUCACGACUCCAACAUUUACAUCAAGCCGUUCCUGUCCUGUAUUCCUGAGGUGAAGGUGUACAACCUGACGCAGCACGAACACGGGACCGACGACGUCAUGGUGAUGGGAACCGACGGCCUCUGGGACGUCCUGACCAACGAGGAGGUAGCCGAAGCCGUCAGCACUUUCCUGUCCAACUGCGACCCCGACGACCUGCACAGGUACACGAUGGCGGCGCAAGACCUGGUGAUGCGAGCGCGGGGCGUGCUGAGAGACAGAGGCUGGAGGAUCACCAACGAGCGGCUGGGCUCCGGAGACGACAUCUCCGUCUUCAUCAUCCCCUUGAUGUACGGCAACCGGCAGCCCUGACCCGGUCCCCGCAGGGCGGCCCGUAAACAUGAACGAACCGGAUCGAUAAGUCCCGAACACUGAAAACUCCUUCUGAUUACCUAUUUUAUUUAUUUCCCUUUUUAAAAAAAAAAAAAAAAGGAGAAAAAAAAUGAAGGAGAAAAAAAAAAACCAUAAACAGACUCUGCCGGUGCUUCGUUUCUCUGAAUCGGUUUAAAAUUGAAGAAACUGAUGUUUGAAGGUUUUAAAAGGCGGCGAUGCACACGACUACACCCGGACUUUGUGAAAUAAGGGAAUAGGGGAAGAAAAACUUCUUUCUUGUCCUACUUUUCUCGCCCUUCCUUUCUCUCCCGUCCUGUUUGGCCGAUCUUAUCUCAAGAAUCAUGCCACCGUCGUCUGAACUUGGACCCAGCUGACAGGUCGGCUGCUUUUCUUUUUCUCUCCGUUUUGCCACAAUGUGGCAUUUGAAGGCUCAGUUGCUGAUGAACGGCGUCCUCGGACAAACGGCGCGACCGUUGAAGGCAACCUGGUUGAAGAUAAAACCUCCUGAACCAACAUUUGGAACAUUAUGUGCUAAAGUUGGUUCUACAGUUUACACUGCUGGGCUCACAUAAAGUUUGGUUAGUAUUUAAUUUGUCUACGGUUUUAUCUUUUCACUGUGUUGCGCACUAUGUGACAUGAGUUAAUGUUCUUUAACAAUGCACUUUUUAAAAAAAAAAUCAUAUUUCUUAUUUGCUUUUCAUCGCUUUGUUAAAGUAUCCCAAGCACUUUAAGCUUUUUCCCAUUUUCUCAUGUUGCAACAACAAACUUCUCUGCAUUUGGAUGGGCUUUUAUUUAACAGACCAACACAAACUUGUUGUUUGUUACAAUGAUGCUGCCACCACCGUGUUUUACCAUGGGAAUGGUGUGUUCAGGGUGAGGGGGAAAAAAAAGAAGUGAAAUUUAGCUAUGGUUUCUGUACUAGAUUUGAGUCUGGACUUGGAUUGAGCCUUUCAAUAGGAAACAUUUCCAUGUCCCCUGUGGAUUAAAGCAUCCCCACAGCAUCAUGCUGCCACUACUAUGUUUCGCCAUGGCAUGCAUUUGUACUCUUCCAUCCUUUCACUAUUUGUAAGCUUCCAUCUUCAGCUCCUUUUUAGUACAAAAUUAACCAAAACAGUGUAUGAAUACUUUUGAUCCAAAAUCAGAGUUGCAAAAAACUUUUUUUUUUUUUUUAACCUGAACUGUUACUCCUCAUUUUUUGUAUUUUUCCUUCCCAAGCGUCGGAUUUUCUUGUUACCUUUCAAAGUGAUUUAGAACUGUAGCUUUCCACGCUUCCUGAAAGUCUUUCAAAGAAUUUUAGAUUUUUUGUUUGUCGGCUGUUCAGUCAUUAUCGGUCCGAUGCCUGAUCUAUUUAUACGUACCACGUUUCUGGUUCUGUCCGAUUAAGCCGGUGAACAUUGAGCUUUUUAACAUGCUAGAAUGAUUCAGAGUUCACUUGUAUAGGAAAAGCUCAAAAGAAAUCCCAUGAAUCACUGGUUAAAAACAUCCAAAUUAAAACUUUAGGCAAGUUUUAAUUUUAUGACUACAAAAACUACAAAGAGUGAAGUUUUUGUACGUUUCAAAAUCCGUCAUACAAAUGCACUUUUUUGUUCCGUGCCAAUCUAAGCCAUCCAAAAGUCGUCGCAUCAAAUUUCCAUCGGUAUAUAAAUCCCUACAAAGACUCCAUGUUGGACUGAAUGACUUGCGCACCAGUGUAGUUGCAUUCAAGAGCCAAGAUAUGAAAAGCGAGGAGGCAAAUAUUCCCUGCAGCAGGGAGAAUGUAAUAAAUAACUAAACCUAAAAUAUAAUAAUUCUUAAAAUACGUAAAAGCUUUUCCCCCCCUGUUUUGCUCUGUUUUAUGUUUUCAGAAGCUUUAGGUCGACACUAACUGCCUCGGCUGAAAGUAUCUCGAUGUGUGGAUGUAGUUUUAGUAUAUGCAGUAAUUUAUUUUAGGCCUGGGAUGAGCGACGGUGCAAUGGUUUAAUUUUGCUGUUUCUUUUUUAUGGGCUUUUUAUUUAUAUAAUGUAUCUCGUAAUUUCUGUUGUGAAUGUCCGAACAAGUUGUUUAUAAGACCGUUGGAUUUCCUAGCUUUGGAAGCAUCCAGAAAUUUCUUGCAAAAGCUACAGGAUGACAUAAAAAAAAAUUGCUUAUGGAUUUGUACAAUCCUAAUAUAGACCAUUUUUGCAUGCUUGUGUCAGUUUGAGUUUAUUUACUGGGCUUUAAAAGGAGAACUGAGUCUAAAGAGUGUAGCCGAAGAUAAGAGAAGCAUCCAUUAGCAAAAAAAAAAAUGCUAAUUGCUAAGUUUUAAAAUGAGCUUAUUUAAAAAAAAAUUGAGAAAAAUGUUUUUUAAACAGUUAAAUAAACUUCAAAUGAAUAACCAUUCUAAGAAAAAAAUUAAAAUUGGUGAAUAAAUCUGAAUGUUAGAGAGCAUCUGCAGAGAAUAAAACAUAUGAAAGCAAUAAGGCUAUAAAGCUAAUAGCAUUAGCAGCUAAAAGUUAAGGAGUUAAAAAAGGCCUUUUUGAUGGCCGUCAAAUCGUUGACGGUUACCCUGGUGAAGCUAAAGUAUCGAUAUGCGCUAAAUAAGUACUAUUGUUUCUCAUCGUCAAUAAACAGAAAUUUUGACUAAAAUCUCAACAAGCAGACGUUUCUCUUGAUGUAGCUUAGAUCAGCUAUUUUAACUUAGUUUUGCCCUGAGAUCGGGGAAGGAUGCGACCUUGAAAUAAACUUUUUUGUCCUGUUCCUCAUCUGUUAAAAAGUGUAAUGAUACAAGGUGUAAUAUUGCCUCUAAAUAUUGUAGCAGAAUAACACUGUUUAGUUUCUUAUUUAGAUAAAAAAUGUAUAACCCUUUGAGCGAGAAAGGGUAAAUAAACAACAAAUAAUACUUAGCUUAUUUGAAAUGCACUAAAAUGUUAGAUUUUAGAUCCAAAGUGUAUUUUCAAAAUUGAAUUAUCUCCAAAAAUGUAUUGUAAAACCUACAACUAUAAAGAAAGUUUCAGCAAGCUGCUGCUUAGCUCAGUGUAGCUUAGCUUAGCUCAUUUUAGCUAAUUAACCAUAGUUUGGGCCUAAGAUUAAGAUGAGGCUAAGCCAAACUCUUUAUAGUCUUUGAAAUGAACAGAACUUUAAACUCAGAAGUGUAUUUUCAAAGUUGUAUUGUGUCUGAACAAUAAACUGAAAACUUUAUCACCAUAAAACAAUCAGACACUUAGCUUAAAAUGUCGUAGCAUAGCUCAUUUUAGCUCAUUUAACUUCGUUCAGACUUAAGAUUCAGGUAAAUCAAAAUUAAACUAUUUAUUGAUGUCUGAAAUACACUAAAGGUUUAUUUCAUUUCUUAUGAAUGCACUUACUACCAACAGUUCAUACUCCUUCUGCUGUCAGAUAUUUGUUGCACUGAAGUUAACCAUCGUGGACAUUUUUUCCCCAACAUAACUGAAACCAUCUGCAUUACAUCAGAGCAGCAGCUGUUUUUUCUUAUUUUCUGCAGAUGAUGUGGUGCUGUGCUCCUCUUGUACCUUCCGUUGAAGAAAAUCUCAUUGCUAAUUAAUGACGUGUUUGUAUUACAUCCCGAGUCAUCCGAACGUGAUUGAGACCCUUUCUUAGAAGAAUGUGAAGUACGAUUUAUCUGUGUCGUCACCCAACUUUUGCACAUCGGCUCAGGUUCGGCUAUGAUUUACCUACGUUUGGUUUUCUGAAUGCAGUCGUUUACGACUAGCUGUACAUAAAGUCUUUAAUCCAGUACCAUUUACCUGAUUGUUGUCGUUUUUGCUGUACUAUGCUGUUCUGUUUUUUUCCUACGUGACACUACCAGGUUAGGAAACUUGUGAAGCUGAGGGGGGAUUUUUUUUUUGUAGCAAAGAUCAACUUUGAGGCCUAGUUGGGGGUUGUUGUUAGCUAACUAUCAUGCUACCCUUACUUCAAUGUGAAUGUGAGAUGUGAUUUUAUAAAGGAACACGACCUCAUCGAGUGAUAAACUACUAUUUGGAUGUCUCCUCGCACAAGCUUGACGUCGGAAGGAGACAAGCAAUGUUUACCUUCAGUGUUUCUUACCCAGGAAUCAAAAAAAAAAAAAGACAAUAAAGAUCCAUGUCAAAAAAUA